CAAACAGCCGACAAACGAACAUCGUUCGCUCGCGCACUGAGUUGCUUUCUGCGGUUGGAAGUGUACACGGAUCGGUAGUGGGAUAGGAUAUGUGCAUUCAAAGUGAACCAAUAAUUGGAACUCGUUAUAUUUGUUAUUAACUAUCGUAAAUACACAAUAAUAUUUGCGAACGACAAACUGGGAAUUUUAACUGACGCGGUAGUUCUCCAAAAGAAAAAUUUGCGUGUGGUUCAAAAAGUUUGUUCGUGUUUGUGUACCCUGCAAUUGACAUGUGAUGAUGUGUAUGUACAAAAAUGCACGUAUGUUUACAUCUAUGCCAAGAUCAUAAUUCAAGAAUAAGUGCAAGAAUUAUUUGAAAUAUUCAAAAUCCACUUGUAUUCUUGGAAUAUAUAAACAACACCAGCCAGGAACAGCAGGAAAGGAAGUAAAUAACGGCACCCUUUGCGCAAUUUGCGUGUUCGAUUGUUGUGUUGGAAGAAGAGCAGAAAGAACAGCCGUAAAAAUAGGGGGACGAUAAGUGCGACCCUCGCGCAUAAUUUGGUUUUAUGUGUCGACAAAAAAAAAGUGGUUCUUCCUCCGGUGGCGGCCGCUGUGUGAGUGAGUAGCAGGGCUUGCGUGAAAUAAUAUGAGAGAGAAAGGUAAAUAAAAAGCGCCCCGUAAUAGUAGCUAGGAGAGCUCGAGGACGAACGUGCACGGAGCAUAGAAGAAUGAAAACAAAACAUCUGCCGUGGAAGCAAUAAUUAAACAUUGAACACAUCCAUCUGUUCCUCUCUACAGAGACGUGUAGUGAUGUUCUGUUUUAUUUUCAUUGCGCCAUGCCCUAGAGACAGCUGUUAGUGUUAAAUUAUUCUAUCAUUCGAUUCGCUCAGUGAAGAUUCGAAAGAGCGAAAAAGUGAAGAUCUGGUCAUCCCUAAUCCGGCAUGCGUGUGUUACUUUUCUCCAUCAGGACGAGAGCGAGAGCUGGAAGAUGGGAAGUGCGGCGGCAUGAAUGAUGAUUGCCGCUGAAACGCUGGCGCACCCCUAGAGUGUUUAGGACGUGGAUAAGUGAGUGAAAGAGCGAAAGCGGAGAUGUUGAAUCCCGCAUAGGUUUCGUGUUGUACAAUAUUUUCCAAAGACUGUCGAACUGUGAGUUUGAACUCAAGAAAGGACCCGGGCAUAAAGUGCGUAGUUGAAUAAAUUAAGAAGCGUAACCAUACGGUGUGGAGAAGAACUUAGAAUAGAUCCUGAGACAGCUGAAAGUUUAUUCAACUUCAGGGUCUGAACGAAUAGAAGGGGCGGAAGGAUACAUUUUCCGUCCACGAUGGAUACAUCGGACGAUGAUCUUUCGGAGCACUCGCAGGGUGAUAAAUCGAACAAAACUCGCUGGACGAAACAUGAGGACGCCGCGCUCAAAUCACUGGUUGAGCAAUACGGUGAACGAUGGGACGCAAUCGCCAAAUUUCUGAAGGACCGCACCGAUAUACAGUGUCAGCAGCGGUGGACCAAAGUUGUCAAUCCGGAUCUCAUCAAAGGACCCUGGACAAAAGAGGAGGACGACAAAGUGGUCGAGCUGGUUACCAAAUAUGGCCCCAAGAAGUGGACUCUUAUCGCGCGUCAUCUGCGCGGUCGCAUCGGCAAACAGUGUCGCGAGCGGUGGCACAACCAUCUGAACCCUAACAUAAAGAAGACCGCCUGGACCGAGGAGGAAGACAACAUUAUCUACCAGGCUCACUUGCAAUGGGGAAAUCAGUGGGCGAAAAUUGCCAAGCUGUUACCCGGCCGCACGGACAAUGCCAUCAAGAACCAUUGGAACUCGACGAUGCGGCGAAAGUAUGAGGGUCCUGAGGCAACACGACGCAAACCAAAAACAACACACAAUCACCAGAAUCCACUGGGGUCGAGCCAAAGCGGUCAGUCUGGAACGCAACCGUCCCAGGCAGGGCAGAACAGCUUACGGAACAUUAUUUGCAAUAACCGAAAAAAGCCUUCGGUGGAGAGUAUGAACGAGGACUCGCUCGAUAAGGAUGCUGGGCCGAUUGCUGUUUCGACAGAGCGGGGGGAUUUCCUGAUUACGCCUAUGCCAAAUGCCACAAGUGAAAAGCAAUUCGUAAUAGCUCCCUUGUAUGCCAGUGGGAAAACAACAUUUGUCAAUGCCAAAGGGGUUGUUAACAACAACAAUGUACUCGGCAGUGGUACCAAUAAUAAUAAUAACAACAACGACAACAGUGACAAUCUCCAGCCAUACACCCCCACUAGCGUAGACUUUAGUGAUCUGCUCAGUGGGAAUGACGAUGAAGGGAAGGAUCGGAAGUUCAAAAUUAAUACCCCAAGUAUUUUAAGAAGGAAACGAAAGUUCAAAGAUGAGAAUGAUAUGAAUGAUUUGCAGCAGCAGCUUCUGUUCGCCCGACAGCAGCAACGACAGCAACAGCUUCUUCAGGUGACUUCUGGAACGAGUCACACACUUCCCGACACUACGAGGUCAUCUCAGCAUUCAUCUCAGUCACAAAUGCACCAUCACCAGCACGAAUACAGCGAGAGGCACCUGCUAUCACCGACUGUUACACCCAUAAAACCCCUGCCAUUUUCACCCAGCCAAUUUUUGAACUCUCCAAGCUUGAAUGUUUCGUUUGAUCAGCUUCCAGCCAGCACGCCAGUUAAAAAAUCUUUUUUUAAAACCAACGAUACUAGUCUCCUCACAACUCCGAUCCCGCUGAAGGAUGCCCAGAGCAUGAAGAAAGAACCCAUCGACGAUGAUGGUAGGGGUCCUAUCAAAACCCCAUUGAAGGAUACGAAAUCGAUGGAACCACGAACACCUACGCCAUUUAAGAAUGCGAUGGCAGAGUUAGGGAAAAGACGGUCGGAAGUAUAUAUACCACCAAGUCCGGCACGGCUCGGAGAGGAUAUUGCGGAAAUGAUGAGCAACGAACAGGCGAAAGAAAAUUCUCGUACUAACGGCAGUGCGGACAAGACCGUCACUAACGCAAGUAACCUCCAGCAGCGAUUCGGAAUAAAGGAGAAUUCUAUUCCAAUUGCACAGUCACCGCGCGCGAAGAAGGCUGCCUUUACCCAGAAUUGGGAGAAUUCCGAUAUGAGCUUCUUCGCUGAGACGCCGAGCAAAUCGCUAAUCUCGGAUUCUGGAGUUAUUUUUUCCCCUCCAAGCAUACUUCGUGAGACACUCAGUGACUCGGAUCUACUGCUGGACGGCGGUGGUAUAUUGGAGCCAGCAAACUCGCAAAGCGCUCCCGCCGAGCAAACGGAACCGCCGCAGAUACUAGACCCCAAGUGGGAAAAAUACGCCUGCGGAAAAACGCGAGAUCAGCUCUACAUGACCCAGCAGGCCCACAAUUGUCUCAAGAAAACGUCUCUGCAGCCCCGCUCCUUGAACUUCUAUAAAUAGCAUGUGCGUGUUUUUUUUUUCUCUUCUAACUUUACGUGUACAUUUUUGUGUGUUUCAUGAGUGUCCUCUAGUUUCACUUAUCCAGGGAAAAUUGUCAUAUUUUAUAGGAACAGGCAUUUCGUUAGAUUCAAGAAGUCUAAUUGUGUGCGCACGUGUUCAUUACAAAUCACAUGUAUUCUGCGUUUAAUCGUGACUAAAUUUCUUUCGACAGAGGUGUAUUGAGAGGUUUGCUUAUUCGCAAUACAAUAAUGCUCGGAUGACAUAAGUUCGAAAGUACCAAUACUUUUUACAAAACAAAUUAGAACGAGGGCAUGGUUGCUCUGCAUCGAACAAAAUAAGAGUAAAACGUCAUAUCUGUACUGUACAUGAGUCUUUUUUUCUACGUUGUAAGGAAACUAACAGUCAGCAAAUAAUUUCGCACCUAGGUUAGUUAUGUACUAAUAUGCAAACGCACCAUUUUCCUUAAUUACCAAUAAAUUAUAAAUAGUGUUAAAUGGUAAGGACAUUUUGAGUAUGGAACUAUAAUUUAAGCAUCCAGGUCUUCAGGAAAGAACUUAUUGCAUAAGUUAAGAGUCAACAAGAUUUUUGUUUUAUUGGUUUAUAGAACGAUUGGUAACAAUUCGAUAGGUUAGAGAACAGAAAAAAACUAUAUUUAUUUUAUACCAGACUUUGGCAGUUUUUAUUGCAUUCUUUUUCGAACUUGUUUUUGUGUAUAAAGCCUAUUAUAAAUCAUCAAGCUAUUUAUAGAAAGAUUUAUGUUCAAUAAAUUAUCACUGUUUACUAUUGAA